CGCUUACUCCUUGUUUUUCUCCAAUUCACACAUACCUAUUUUCAUAGCCAUGGAGGUUGAAAUUGACGAGAUUAUUAAUUCUGUGUUUGACAAGGAUCCCAACGUGACCAGCGUUGUGGUAGUGGAUGACAGCGGGCUCUGUCUAGCCAUCAGGGGCGAUAUCUCAGAGGAAGCCGCCGGUCUUGUAUCCUCCAUAGCCACGCGCUCUGAGUUAGUGCUCCCGACAUCAAACCCAGAAGCUCAGCGCAAAUCUCCGGUCAUCCAAAUUGAAGCUGAGUCCAUGACUAUUAUUAUCCGAAGAAUUGCAAACGUUGUCGUUGGCAUUUUCAAGCAAGCACAAGAAGCAUGAAUAACAUUUUUUCGUUAACAAAAAAAUAAAUGACAAUUGAAAAAUAAAACUACA